UUGUAACAUAACGCUUUUAUAGGUCGAUACACGUAUACGCUUGUAGCACGUCCUAAUUAUAUAAUUAUAUUAUCUGUCAAACGCAGAAUUAAAAAGAUUCCAUGUGUAUUUAUCCAAUUUGUUUUAUACAGAAAACAUAACCAAUUAAUGCAAUACAUCAAAUGUCAAAAAGACUGUUAACCGUAUUCGAAAAGAAUAUCAUUUGCAAUGGCAUUAAUUUUAUUCUCUUUUCGUCGUAAUAUUUUUACGAUGCGGUCAAUUACACAACAAUUAUUCAUUGAUUCAAGAUUCAUGAAUCAAAAGUUACUGCGUUCAUUUUCCAGUUGCACAACAAACGACAAGAAUAAAAUUGGAAUUAACGGAUUCGGCCGUAUCGGUCGUUUGGUACUUAGGGCCGCAACCCUUAAAAAAGAUACCCACAUUGUCGCCAUCAAUGAUCCCUUCAUUAAUUUAGACUACAUGGUGUAUUUGUUCAAAUAUGACUCUACUCACGGCAGAUUCAAGGGAGAAGUUAAAACCGACGGUGGUUGCCUAGUGGUAAAUGGAAAUAAAAUUGCCGUAUUCAAUGAACGUGACCCAAAAUGUGUUCCAUGGAGCAAAACAGGUGCUCACUAUAUUGUAGAGGCGAGUGGUGCCUUCACUACUAAAGAAAAGGCCUCUGCUCAUUUGGAAGGUGGUGCUAAGAAAAUCAUCAUUACUGCACCAUCUGCUGACGCGCCUAUGAUCGUUGUUGGCGUUAAUUUAGAAACUUACGAUCCUUGUGAAAAGGUCGUCUCCACGGCUUCUUGUACUACCAAUUGCUUGGCUCCUCUUGCUAAGAUUAUUCACGACAACUUCCAAAUUGUCGAGGGUCUUAUGACUACCGUGCAUGCUUACACUGCUACCCAGAAGACUGUUGAUGGAAUUUCUGGCAAAUGGCGCUCUGGACGUGGUGCCGCACAAAACAUCAUUCCUGCUAGCACUGGUGCAGCCAAAGCUGUCGGCAAAGUCAUACCGGCUCUUAAUGGAAAACUAACUGGUAUGGCUUUCCGUGUGCCAGUGGCCAAUGUAUCCGUUGUCGAUUUAACUAUUCGACUUGGCAAGCCCGCAAAGUACAAUGACAUUAAGGCUAAAGUGAAGGAAGCGUCCGAAGGACCUAUGAAAGGAAUUCUAGCAUAUACAGAAGAUGAAGUAGUGUCCACUGAUUUUAAUGGUGAUACCCACUCCAGUAUUUUCGAUGCUAAAGCCGGUAUGGCCUUGAACGACAAUUUUGUUAAGUUAAUUGCGUGGUACGAUAACGAAUAUGGUUUUGCCGCCCGUGUGAUCGACAUGAUUAAAUAUAUGCAAAAGAAGGACAAUUAAAUAAAUUUUCGUAUAUCCAUGUUCAUAUAGUUUGUCCGUAUCAUGUGUGUCACAAACGUAUGUUGUCGAUGUAUGAGGGAUAUAAAAAUAUUUUUAAUUCCUUUCUGUAAUAUUAAUAUUUAUCAUUCGUUGACACAAAUAAAAAUUGUUAUGAAACUAAGAGGUUGGUUUUAUUUUACAGACGUUUCGUUUAUCUGCAUAUAUCGUUACAUUUUCACAGGAUUACACGAAUAAAAGGAAUAAGUAAAUAACAAUUAAUUUUAUAUAAUUUUUACACAACGUUUAUACACUUACAAAAAGAUUUUUCUCAUAUAUAUGUUGAUUGAAACAUUUAUUUCUAAACAGUUUUAACGUCAGGACAGUAUUAUUUCUUAGUCAGCGAUAGCGGCUGCACUAUUAAUAAUAUUAAUAUAUCGUAUUGUAUGGCACAAGGAAUUAUCUAUUAUUUAACUUUUCUUAACAAUGUUAAAAUCAUUGUUAGUUGUAAUGAUUUAACGAGUUCAUCUCUUUACAUCAAUAUAAUAUUCAUAUAAUCCUCGUAAGCAAAGUAGCAAAUGAUACGAUGUGAUAUUUCUUGUAUUAAAAUUGAAAGCGGUAUAUUAAAUAAUAUAUGAAGUAAAGCAAAAGUAGAACAUAUAAAUUGAUUCAAGGAUAUUAACAUUUUUUUCAAAGUAUAUUUAUUCUCUGAGUGUUCUGUUCCUGCGAACUUCAUUUUCUCUCAUUCCUUGUACUAAACUCUAUUGACUAUGUACAGUUACUAUCACGAAAUGAAAUACAUCGUAACACGUUUCAGAAAUACCGAUUCUCAGUUUUCAACUAUUUGCCAUGCUGUGAAAAAUUUGAUUGUACAGCGAUACGAAAAUACAGUUUUAUUUUUUUCGUCGUAAACAAUAAACGUCUAUCACUCGUUUCUUUUUUUUUUUUUUUUUUUUACAAUGUUCUAUAAUAAAUUGCAGUUUACAAUAAUUAUCAAGCUUUUUCACUCUAUGGCUCGAUGUAAACAUUCAACUUUUAAAAGAUUUUUAUGUAUAUACAAAGAACUAUGUUUUUGCAAUUCAGCACAAUACUAUGCAUAAAAAAUAGAAGUUCUCAAAAGGAAUCGAACGUUAAAAUGCUGUAACAUUUGAAUGUUAGAGUGGGCAGAUGUACUAUACUUCAUGUACUCAUACUCUUAAUAAUGCACACUGGAAUUGCGGGCGGGAAAGGAUUAAACAUGGAUUAUAGCGUAACCAUAAGGAAUUUUACUUUAAUUAAUGCUAUUUUAAUAUUAAACAAAAAAAUAGAAAAA